GGCGGCUCGGGGGCCCGGGGCGGCGGGGCCGCGCCGCCGCGUGACGUCAGCGGGAGGCGGGGCGCCGCCGUAUAAAUCGGGCGCGCGGCGGAGAAGCGGUUCAUUCAUAAAAGCUGGUGCGGAGGCGCUUCGGCGGCGGCGGAUACCGGACACCGGAGCUGCAGCGCGGCCCGCGAGCGGCGCGCCGGGACUUUGCGGCCGGAACCUUGGGGCGGGGGCACCGGAGCCUGGCACCGGCGGACGCGCGACUUUGCAACCGGAGGAGGAGGAGGGGAGAGGGGGAGGUGCGCUGAGGACUUGCACCGGCGGACCGGGACUUUCCAACCGGAGCUUUACACCGGCGGACGGGGAGCUGUGAACCGGAGGCUUGUACCGGCGGACCGGCACUUUCCAACUGGAGCUUUGUAUUGGCGGACGCGGAGCUUUGAACGGGAGCUUUGCACCGGCGGACCCGGGACUUUGUACCGGAGCCUGGGACGGGUGCACCGGGCUUGGCAUCGGCGGAGCCGGGACUAUUCAACCGGGGCUUUGUACCGGCGGAACCGGGAGUUUGAACGGGAGCCUGCGGCGGGUGCACCGGAGCCGCGUACCGGCGGAGCGGGACUUCCUCGUACCGGCGCGCCGGGAGUUUGAACACAAGCGCGGCGGCACCUCGUAGCAGCCAACCGGGACCUUAAACCGGCGGAGCGGAGCUUCUCCCACCGGAUCACCGGCACCACCGGGGGAGCUCCACAGCGGGGCCGGCCGCAGCGAUGCCGCUGGCCUGACGGGCCCGGUGCACGCGCGCCGCCGCUUCCCUCCCCCCCCCUUUCCCCCCAACCCGCUCCCGGUGCAGCCUUGGCGUGGCGCCGCCGCCCCCGGUUCCCCGGGGCCAUGUACCAGGGCUUCCCCGGUGACUACGACUCCGCGUCGCGCUGCAGCUCGUCGCCGUCGGCCGAGUCGCAGUACCUGUCCUCGGUGGACUCCUUCGGGAGCCCCACGGCGGCGGCCGCCGCGCAGGAGUGCAGCGGCCUGGGGGAUAUGCCCGGCUCCUUCGUGCCCACGGUGACGGCCAUCACCACGAGCCAGGACCUGCAGUGGCUGGUGCAACCCACCCUCAUCUCCUCGGUGGCCCAAUCGCAACCGCCGGGGGGGCCCAUGGCCCACCAGCAGCAGCCCCCUCCCACCGCCCCCGUCGACCCCUACGACCUGCCAGGACCCAGCUACUCGGCGCCGGGCAUGGGUGCCUUCGGCGCGGGACCCUCGCCGGGCGCCUCCCGCCCCACGCGGGCUCGGCCCCGGCGCAGCCGCGAGGAGACGCUGACGCCAGAGGAGGAGGAGAAGCGGCGGGUGCGCCGGGAGAGGAACAAGCUGGCCGCCGCCAAGUGCCGCAACCGGCGCCGGGAGCUCACGGACCGGCUGCAAGCGGAGACAGACCAGCUGGAGGAGGAGAAAGCCGAGCUGGAGUCGGAGAUCGCCGAGCUGCAGAAGGAGAAGGAGCGCCUGGAGUUCGUGCUGGUGGCCCACGCGCCCGGCUGCAAGCUCCCCUUCGAGGACGUCGGCGAGCUGAGCACCGCCGAGGUGAGCUCUUUGGGGAUGCCGGGCAAAGAGGAGCCGUACGGGCCCGCCGCCUUCCUGCCCGCGCCGGCGGUGCCCUUCCAGCAGAGCCAGGCCGCCGGCGCCGAGGGCCCCUUCCCCAGCUGCUGCUUCGCGCCCGGCGCCCCGCCGGCGCCGGCACCGCCUAACCCCUCCUAUACGUCUUCGUUUGUGUUCACCUACCCAGAGGGAGCGACCUGCGGAGCCUCGCAUCAGCGGAGCAGCAGCAGCGACCAGUCCUCGGACUCCUUGAAUUCUCCCUCGCUACUCGCGUUGUGAAUGCCCCCUCCCGCCCUCUCCCCACCACCGCCACCACCUCCAAAAGCUCCCCCAGAUGCCUCCUUCCUCCCAUCCCGCCUCCCCUCCCCGGAAAACCGGGCUGCUCCAGCCCUUGGCGCCCUCCCUGGGGAGGGGGAGAUGGUUUUGGUAUUAUUAUUAUUUUUUUUUUACCUCCUCUUCCCGGCUCUUGUGACCCCGGCUGGGGCAUGUUUGAUGCAAUGGGAAGGGGUGGGGUGGGUGGGAUUUGGCGCCCUGGCGGAGUGAUUUUUUUUUUUUGGGUGGGGGGAGGAGGGGGAAGGGCUUGGCACCUCUGGAGGUGGGGGUCUGUGCGGCGUCUCCAUCAUCCCAAGAGUGUCUAUGUGGCCUCGCCGUCGUCCCAGAGGUGUCCUUGCAGCAUCUCCCUUGUCCCAGAGGUGUCCAUGCAGCCUCUCCAUCGUCCUACAAGGGUCCAUGCAGCAUCUGCCUUGUCCUAGAGGUGUCCAUGCAGCCUCUCCAUCAUUCCAGGAGGGUCCUUGCAGCAUCUCCCUUGUCACAGCAGGUCCGUGUGGCCUCUCCAUCACUCCAUGAGGGCUUGUGCAGCAUCUUCCUUGUCCAAGAGGUGUCCGUGCUGCCCCUCUGUCAUCCCAAGAGGUGUCUGUGCAGCAUCUUCCUUGUCCUAGAGGUCUGUGCAACCUCUCUGUCAUCCCAUGAGCAUCUGUGCAGCGUCUCCCUUGUCCCAGAGGGUCCGUGUGGCCUCUCGGUCAUCCUGCAAGGGUCCCUGCAGCAUCUCCCUUGCCCUGGAGGUGUCUGUGCAACCUCUCUGUCAUCCCAAGAGGGUCCGUGCAGCAUUUCCUUUGUCCUAGAGGAUUCUGUGCAGCCUCUGCCUCAUCCCAAGAGGGUCUGUGCAGCCUGUCCAUCAUCCCCGAGGGCCUGUACAGUAUCUCUGUUGCCCUCCUGGUGGGGUCUCCAGCACCUUGGAGGAUCAUUCCAUCGCCCUGAGGGUUCAUGCAGCAUCUCCACCACCCCAGAGGUGUCUGUGCUGCAUCUCCAUUAUCCCAAGAGGGUCCAUGCGGCCUCUCUAUCAAUCCAAGAGGGUCUGUGCAGUAUCCCUGUUGCCCUGGUGGGGUCUCUGGCGCCUUGCAGGGCCUCUCCAUCGUCCCAAGAGGGUCCAUGUGUUAUUUCUGCCCUCUUAGUGGGGCCUUUGACACCUUGGAGAGGUAGUCUCCAUUACCCAGGGAGUCCAUUUGGUGUUCCCCUUGGCCGGAGGUGUCCGUGCAACCUUUCCACCAUCCCCACAGUGUCCAUUUGGCCUCUCCAUCAUCCCAAGAGGGUCUAUGUGACAUCUGUCACCUGCCUGGAGGAGGUCUCCAUCACUCUGGGAGUCCAUUUGGUGUCUCUGUCACCCAGAGAUGUCCAUGCAACCUCUCCAUCAUCCCAAGAGGGUCCAUCUGGCAUCUCUGUUGCCUGCCCUGGUGGGAGGACAUUCCCCCAUCAGCCCGAGGCUCCCAGCAGCACCUCCAUCAUCCUGGAGUUGCCUAUACCUAAUUGCCGUUACCCCAGGGUGGGGGGCAUCAAUGCCACCUUCCCAUCACCCUUGGUGGUGUCCCCACCACCUCGCAGGAGGCUGCAUGGCAUCUCUAGCACCCUGGGGCGUCCCUAUCUCCAUCACCUAAGGGGGUCCCUGUCUUGUCCCUUGGACUCCCCAGUGCCUGUGGCCUCCCCUGCCCUGCGCCGUCCCUCUCGCGUGACCAAGCUUCGCCAGCGUUGACUCUGUUCUCUCUCUAUAUAUAUUAUAUAUAUAUAUAUUUUUUUGUUGCGUGCGGCCGGCUCCGCGGGGCCGUCCGCCACCGGGAGAUGUUUAAUUUUUUAUUAUUAUUAUUAUUAUUAUUGCCUGUGCUGUAUUUGUGACUCUGUUACGGGGGCCUCGCGCCCCCCCCCCCCCGCGUCCGUGCUCGCCCCAUCUGCAACGUGGCCAAUAAAACCCGCUUUGGAUCGGC